CGAUACCCGGAAGUGUUUCUUUUGGUCAUGUGAUUCACGAAUGUUGCUGCUGCAUCCUUAAUUUCGAAACAACUAUGUCGAGUUAGGUUUUUGUUUGUCUGUAUGCUUUCAGGGAGAAUCCCUUCAUUUGAGCCCGCAAGAUGCAGAACGUCAUUAAUACGGUAAAAGGAACAGCUCUCGGAGUGGCCGAGUUUCUUACGCCAGUGCUCAAGGAGUCCAAAUUUAAAGAAACUGGAGUCAUCACACCGGAAGAGUUUGCAGCAGCUGGGGAUCACUUAGUUCAUCACUGCCCCACUUGGAAAUGGGCCACUGGGGAGGAAGUGAAAGUAAAGCCAUAUUUGCCCCCGGAUAAACAAUUUCUCCUGACACGCAAUGUUCCCUGUUAUAAGCGCUGUAAACAGAUGGAGUACUUGGACGAGUUGGAGGCCAUCAUCGAGGAGGACGAUGGAGACGGGGGAUGGGUGGACACUUACCAUAAUGCAGGUUUGUUAGGCGUCACUGAUGCUGUACAGGAAAUUUCACUGGACAACAACAAGGACAAGAAUAUGAAUAGCACAUCGGCGGCCUGUUGCGAUGACGGCGAAGACGACGACGACGACGGCGAGGCAGCGGAUAUGGAAGAAUAUGAGGAAAGCGGCUUACUGGAAACGGAUGAGGCGACCCUGGACACCAGUAAAAUGGUCCAAGCCAAAAAAGCGGAGCCCGGGAGUGAAGACGCCAUUCUUCAGACAAGAACAUAUGACCUUUACAUCACGUACGAUAAAUACUACCAGACGCCUCGACUCUGGCUGUUUGGAUACGACGAAGACAGGCAGCCUCUGACCGUGGAACAAAUGUACGAGGACAUAAGCCAGGACCACGUGAAGAAGACGGUCACCAUUGAGAACCAUCCAAACCUUCCUCCACCCGCCAUGUGCUCUGUCCACCCUUGCAGACAUGCUGAGGUAAUGAAAAAGAUCAUCGAGACUGUGGCUGAAGGAGGUGGUGAACUUGGAGUGCAUAUGUACCUUCUGAUUUUUCUCAAGUUUGUCCAGGCUGUCAUUCCCACAAUAGAAUACGACUACACAAGACACUUCACCAUGUAGAAAUGGCCGAUGAUGGAAAGACGGCUUAUUCUGCCCCCGUGUGAUUUUCAUAUGAUCUGCUUUGGUGAUGAGAGGAUGUUUUGUCUCACUCUGGAACACUUUGCACGGGUGUAACUGACAAAAGAAAUGUCCAUCCGAAAUGGGAAUUGUUUCUUCCGUGAUUGGUGAUCAUAUCAUAACAGUUCUGAAAUGUGAUGUUUUGUCUUCAAGCAGAAAAAUCGAUGCACUUCACACGAGUAAACUUCGAUCAGUAUCAUAACAGUGUAAAAAUGACUUUCAACAGUUAUCCAGCGCUCGGUUCAAAGUAAUGCUCGGUUCACUCCAUCCUCAAUGCUUUAUGAUCUGACCGUAUACAAAUUGACAUUCCGUCGUGGUAUUUAAUGUGAUCCAUACUCUGCUACUUUCAUUUUACGCUAGUUUGCCACCAAACUCUUUGGGGAGUGCCUGGCCCUUGCGCUCAAGGCGUCUCCAUUUUCCCUAUAUGUCAAGUUUACAUUCGCACGAAGGCUCAACCAAAAAAAGGACCCCAAUAUCGCAAGACAUAAAAAAAAAAUAUGGUGAUUAAUUUUGGUAACUUUUUGUUGAACAUAGAAAUAAUGGCCACUGAAAUAUCUUGCUACUGUCAAAACAAUCAUUUGUAAAAUUAAAAAAAAAAAAGGCCAGACUCCAAAAAAGGUCAGAAUAAUACAUUGGUGCUAAAAUGUGGCCAAUUACGCAACAGUUUUAAUUUCAAGGUACCAUCAUGUUUUGCCAAGUUAGUUUUACGAGUUU